UGUCGUGGCGGAAGUUUGAUUCUCAGCAUCCUUUCUCCUCAGCAUCCUCCGUCCCUCUGCACUACGCAGCUCCGAGCCCCCCGCACCCACACGCCUCUAUCUUGGCUUUAGAGCGUUUAUCUUGGGCUAAUUUCGUUUUUAUUCGGUGUUUCGGGUCUUUUCUGGGGCUUUCUCCGAUGGCCGGGCCCAGCAGCCUCAGCUCGCCCGGGAACAGAGCGUCAGACGCGGCCGCAGAUGCAACGAAUGCUACAGUGGACCGUCUUUUCUGUCUGUGAUCCCAACGAGAAAAACUAAAACAAAAACAAAAACGAAUGUACCAAACAACUAUGUAGAAACAAUGCUGGAAAAUUUAUAAAAAUCCACAAAUCUGGAUGUAUUUCACAAUUUUGAAUGUUCAUUUCUGACACUGUAGAAAUUGCUGGAAGAAACCAAUGAUUGUUUUCAAAGUUUUCAGCCAUAUUUAAAUUAUACUACAAUAGAAUACAAUUUUACAUCUUUUGAAUUUUGAUUGAAUAUUUCUAAACUAACGAAUAUUUAGAAGAUUUGCUGAUUUUUGAGAAAAACUUUGGAAAAAUUUUCAAACUUUGGACUGCUAUAUAGUAUUUUUGUUCGUUGGAGACGUUUGGAUUGUAAUAUUUUUUUCAUAAUUUAUUUUUUAUUUUUGGACACUGGAAGAGCUAUUCAAAAUGAGUAAGCCUCACUCCGGUCUGAGUUCCGAGGCCACAGAAAAGGCACGACUUGAGCUGAACGAGAAUCCAGACACGCUUCACCACGACAUACAACAGGUGCGGGACAUGAUUGUGACUCGCCCCGACAUUGGCUUCCUCAGAACAGACGAUGACUUCAUCCUGCGCUUCCUCAGAGCGCGGAAAUUCAACCAAUCAGAGUCUUUCAGACUGCUGAGUCAAUACUUCCUGUUCCGCCAGCAGCACCUGCACAUCUUCCACAGCUUCAAGGUGGAUGACCCAGGCAUCAAGCGCGCGCUCAUGGAUGGGUUUCCCGGGGUCCUGGAGACGCCUGACCAACACGGACGAAAGAUCCUGCUGCUGUUCGCCUCCAACUGGGACCAAAACAGACACUCGUUCAUGGACAUCUUGAGGGCCAUCCUUCUGUCUCUGGAGGUGCUGAUUGAAAACCCCGAGCUGCAGGUGAACGGCUUCGUCCUCAUCAUUGACUGGAGCAACUUCUCCUUCAAACAGGCGUCAAAACUCACGCCCAAUGUGCUGCGGCUCGCCAUCGAAGGACUACAGGACAGUUUCCCAGCGCGGUUCGGAGGCAUCCAUUUUGUGAACCAGCCAUGGUACAUCCAGGCCAUGUACACCAUCAUCAAGCCCUUUCUGAAGGACAAGACACGCAAAAGGAUUUACCUCCAUGGGAAUAACCUGACAUCUCUGCAGCAGCUGAUCGGAGUGGAGUGUCUCCCCUCAGAGUUUGGGGGCUCUCUGCCUCCGUACGAUGUGGGACUGUGGGCCCGGACUCUACUGGGACCAGACUACAGCGACGAGUCCGAGUACACACUGACAUACGACGCCCUGCACGUCAUCAACAGGUCUCAGUCUGUGGUGGAGCCUGGCACUCUGAAAUCAGCCGACAGAGAAACCAGCACUCCACUCCUUGCUCUGGACUGAAACUACUACAGUAUACUACAGAAAUACUGCACUCAAACAUUGCAAGUACUUCAUAAUUCCCCAAAGUACACACAUGUACACGACACCAACUAGUGUACCUUUGUGUUGUCACAUUUAGUCCAGAAAUGAAAAGGCCCCACCUGGUUCAGUUAUGGAUCAGAUCUGGUAUAGUUCUGAGUUAGUCCUGGAUUAGAUCAGGUUUAGACCUGUUUAAAACCUGUUUAGGACCUGGUUUAGACCUGGUUUAGACCUAGUCCUAACUAAGUUUAGUUUUGUCCUGGUUUAGAUCUGGUUUAGACUUGUAUUAGACCCUGUUUAGUCCUCGUUUAGUUUUGGUUUAAACCUGGGAAAGCCCAUGGUUUAGGCCUGGUUUAGUCCUGGUUUAGACUUUGUUUAAACCUGUUUUAAUCCUGGUUCAGACUAGAUUUAGACCUGGUUUAGACCUAGUUUAUGCCUGUUUUUGCUCUGGUUCAGAUUAGGUUUAGCCCUGGUUAAGCCUGGUUUACUUAAGUCCUGGUUUGGACCUGGUUUAGUCCUGCUUUAUUCCAUGGUUCAGACCUGCUUUAGAACUGGUACACCAAAUACCUACUGAGGUAUUGUUUUGAACACCAAAAUGGAGUCUUGGGUCAUUAAGGAGCAUUUUUACUGACAGUUUUGCAGUACCUUUAGUUUUCUCGUUGAUUCUCCCUUCACUCACUGCUGAGGUUUGGUCCAGUGCUGUCCACUUCAGCGCUGUCUGUAUUAUAAUCCUUUAGUGUUCAAACGUCUGUCUCUGUUCAAUCUGUGAAUGAAACACGCGCACUGCUGUAUAGUGUAAUAUAACUAUGUAAAAUCGAAUGUGAACCUGAAAUCUGCCCGGAAACACACUCACCCUUCACUCCGAUUGGCUGAAAGCUGUCCAUCAUUUUACACACACACCUCAAACCACAGAAAUAUGUAAUACUUCUGUAGAAUUGUAUAAAGCUAAUGCUCCUAUAUUCUGCUCAAUGUAUUUUCGCUCUGUAAACCUGUUCUAAUGUGAUCAAAUGUUACACGGUGGGACUUUAACUCUAACCUAAUGUAUUGUCCUCCUCAGAAACAUCCCUGGAGUUUUGUUUCAUUCACACACACACACACACACACACACACACAGAGUACAGUUAGCGUUACAGUAAUCCUGUAAUUCAUCUUUCUUAAACACUCUCUUCCACCUCGUGAUGUCAUCAAGUGGAGUUUCAGGAAGUGCUCCUCUAUGUUUUCAAAGUCCAUAAAACCUUACUAGGUUCUGAUCAUUUUAGUUCAGACUGGAACAUCAAGAUCAUCAUCCAUUUUGAAGUUAGAAGCUAUUGUUUUUAGCCUCAUUCAGUGUUACCAUUGUGUUUGCACAGAAAUCAGGGCUAAGUUACUUUCACUUGUUUUCAGUGUAUGUUAUUCAAACCUGUACAUUGUGGAAAACUGUGUAGUUUAAAGUAGGGGGUAUUUUUGAGCUUUCUACCAUGUUAUAGCAUUGUUCCCUCAUCAGAAACCUGUCUGAAGAGGUUUUAGAUGUCAUCCAUGCAUGUUUGAGUAAUUAGCGAUCUCUCCCGGGCCCUAUUCAAACUCUCUUUACAGUUAGCUGUAACAUUCUUCACCCAUGCUCCCACAUGAUAAUUCUCCAUAAGACAAACUGGUGUGAUGUGCAGUAGUUUCAUUAGUGAGAUGCACGCUGUCUGCAAUGUGAUAGUGAUGUGAAGGCGGAGUGAGCAAAACAAAAGUGAAACUUAUAAAACAUAAGUUAUUUUCAGCAAACAUAGCAUUUUCAAAACAAUGAACAAUAUCAUGCUGGUCUAAAUAUGUUAUGUGUUAGCGGUUUAUAUCCCACAGAAGUAAAAUACCCCCCCUUUAAACAGGCGGAAUGCAGAAUAUAGGAGCUUUAAACUCAUGUGAAAGUGUUAGAGAGGUUCACGUUUUGUCCCAGUAUUAAACACUUUUGGGUGAAUGAUGCCAAAUUUAUGAAGAUUGUUUGAAAUGUAUUUAUUUAUUUAUUCAUUGCUAAGAUUGUAUUUAUUGUGAAAGUAUUACACUGUAAAAACUAGAACAGAGUUGAGCCUUGGUUUGAGUCCACAGUCGGGGGCUAAUGACUGGACGAUUGUAAUGUAAAAAAUAAAACUUAAAAGUGUUUAGCCAGGUUUAGUUCUGUCCUGAUCUUGGUUCAGUCCUGGUUCAGUCCUGGUUUAGAAUAGUCCUGGUUUAAUCCUGUUUCUGUCCUGAUUUAGUCCUAGGUCCUGGUUUAAACUAGUCCUGUUUUAGUUUUGCUUCAGAGCUGUUUUAGUCCGGGUUGAGUCCUGGUUUAGUCCUAAAUCCUGGUUUAGUUCUGGUUCAGUCCAGAUUACAACACCUGUGGGUGAGUGGUCGUUAUGAUUUGGCUCAAACCAAGGCUUCUUCUGUCACACCUUCUUUAUCGAAUGUACAAUAAACGUUUACAACACAU